AUGUGUCCAAUAUACAUCAUUAUGGACCCAAACCAAAUACGUCGUAGAAGGAGAAACACAGCUAUCAACUUGCUUGUAGAGUACUACAACACAUAUAUCAACCGUUCUCCCUGUUACACAUCAUCACAUUUUGGAGACAAAUGGGUUGCAGAAAUGCUUGUCGGGCAUCCCACAAGAUUUCACAACAUGUUCCGCAUGACACAGGAUGUUUUUACAGAUCUUUUAGCAGAACUCAUUGGAUCUCAUGGCCUCAAUGGGUCUAUGAGGAUGACUGACCGUGAGGUCUUGGCGAUUACUCUUUAUAUAUUUUCACAGAACGAGUCAAUGCGUGGUGCGAUGGAAUGCUUCCAACACUCAUCAGAGACGAUUAGAAGGUACUUCUCAGUGGGUUUGAGUGCUUUGGUGAGCCUCGCCAAACAAGUCAUAAAGCCAACUGACCCAACGUUUUCACAAACUCCUGCGGAGAUUCGCCACGAUCGACGCUAUAUGUCAUUCUUUAAGGAUUGCAUCAGUACGAUAGAUGGAACACACGUUGAUGCACGAGUUUCAAGUAAUGAGAAAGUUGCAUUUAUAGGACGUAGUGGAACCCCAACGCAAAAUGUCAGGGCAGUUUGCAACUUUAAUAUGUUUUUCACAUUUAUCAUGUCUGGUUGGGAGGGUAGUGCGCAUGACAGCAGGAUUUUCAAGAGUGCAACACGGAAUCCGCAUUAUAGCUUUCCCCAUCCUCCGCAAGGAAAGUAUUAUUUGGUGGAUGUCGGUUAUCCGUUGCAGCGAGGGUAUCUCAAACCCUAUCCUGAUACUAAUAUCAUAUACAUGAUUUCGAACGAGCAAGUAAUGUUACAAGAAGCGGAAAAGAGGUGUUCAAUAAAAGCAUUCCUUUUGCGAGGCGCCAUCGAGAGGACAUUUGGUGUCUGGAAGAAGCAAUGGGUGAUAUUACGUGAUAUGCCUCCUUACCCGUUUUCAAAACAGGUACAGAUUGUGAUAGCGACAAUGACAAUACACAAUUAUAUUAGGCGGCACCCGUCUCGAUAUGACGUUGACUUCCUCAAUGCUGAAGCAAAUCAACAGGAAGUAGUUCAAGACCCAUCUGAAAACCAAAUUGUUAGUCUAUGUUACGAGAUAACAGCGAACAAUCAACCAUUUGUACUAAGGAAUGGGAAGGUGCAAAUGAAAUGGUUGUCAUUUGAGAACAGAUUACUAAUGCGUUGGUUAAUAUGUGAUUGA